GCUCAUCUUUCUCCGGGGUUUGAUUUCCUUUCGCCGCCGUCCUGCUCGUCUCGUCUCGUCUUCCCCUCCUCUCUUCUCUGGUACCCGGCAUGCUCGCGGCGUCUCUUCUCUUAUCGUUGAUCACUGUUAUCUCUGGGCAAAAUACCACAGCAGGUCUGGCUUUGAACGAGCCACCAGAUGGGCAGUUGUACCUCGGAGCUUGGGUCGAUACGAGUGUGACAUCUGGAGACUCGCCGCUCGCGUUCAACGUCCGCCUGGGACGCAACACCUCCUGGUUCCAAGCCUCCCAAAACAUCCCACAGGACCCUUAUGAUGAUGUUACCGGAACAGGCGGCAUUAUCAAUGCUACCAAAGUGUUUGAGACGAAUACCGAUGCAGGAGUGUACGUGACGGUAUAUCCGAAUGAUGGCCUAGAUGCUGUGAACGUGCAAGACCUCGCAUCCCUCGGCGUCCAAUUGCAGUCAUACAUCACUGCUGGCCAUGCAGUCUUCCUUCGGUUCGCACCGGAGAUGAACGGAAACUGGGACAUCUGGGGAACACAGCCGACGCUCUUCAAGGCAGUAUGGAAGACGAUGUACACUACUGUCAAGUCGUCUUGUCCGAGCUGUGCGAUUGUUUGGUCUCCUAAUGCCGCUUCUGGCUAUCCCUACGGCAUCACCUCGGAUACGAUCGCAAACGCGACGGACCGCGCGGCGCUUGAUACCAACGGUGAUGGGACUUACGAUAACACCGACGACGCAUACUCUCCGUAUUAUCCGGGCGAUGACUACGUAGACUGGACCGGAGUAUCGUACUACUACAAAGGUGUCUACCCCAACGCAUACAAUAUCAUUCAGCAACCUGGCUAUAUGGCUACUGCUAUGACCGGUUGGCUCCAGGAUAAUGGCGACUCUGGGGGAACGCAGUAUACCGAGUUCUACCAAACCUACUGCACAAGGAAGCCAUGUAUGUUGUCCGAGUCGGGUGCUGCCUGGCACGUCAACCAGACUCAGAUUCCGACGUACGACGGCUUCGUUUCCCCCGAUCAGGAGCAACUUGAGCAAGGUUGGUGGGCGGAUGGCAUCACGAACGAAACAUUCCUCAGCAUGUUCCCUCGUUUGAAGAUGUUGAUGUUGUUCGAAUGGGAAAAGGUGGAAACUGAUAACGAUAUCCCUACACUUCGCGACUUUCGCCUGACGAACAACUCGGAUGUGCUCACUGGCUUCACACAAGCACUAGAAGAGGUUGCACAGCGGUACAUCUGGGCGAGCUCCUUGCCGAUACCCACUUCUGGAGCUGGAUCUCCCGACCAAGUGCCGAUGCCACAACAAACCGUGCACCGUGCGACACCUUAUCGAGCAAGCACGCCGACUUCUCUCUCUCUAUUCUCCUCCGAUGGAAUCCCAACCUUAAUCCUGGGCUGGACCACCGCCGUCGCCGUGCUCGCUUCCGGUGCUGCGCUGGGCGCAUCCCUCAUUCUGCGAAUGUGAUCGCUAGACUUCUCAGAUUUGCAUUCCCGCUGCAUUUUAUUUUCGUGCCGAAAGAUCUACCUCAUCCCCAUAUUCACAAGCAUACCUUGCCGAUCCCUUUUAUGUUCAGUAUAGCGGACUGUCAUCGCACCACCAUGCCGUACACAUGUGCCGGUGCCUCGGGUACCUCGCCAGCGCACGGCCAUCAAAUGCC